AUGAUAUAUCAGGAUAAUGGCCGAUGGGUGGAUAUCUACUUUGGAUACGCUUGUGAAGGGGGCACGAUUUACUUUUUCUUAAUAAUUCCCUUCCAUUUUUUCUCCCUCUCUUUCUCUUCCACUUUCUCUUUCCCUCUUUUUUCCCUCUAUUUCUCGCUUUUUCCCUCUAUUUCACUUCUUCUCUCUCUCUCUUUCACUCUUACUCUCUCUCUCUCUCUUUUCUCUCUUCCGCUUUUUUCUAUUCUCUCUUUCAUUUUUAGCUCUCUUUCUCUCUCUUUCUAUUCUUCUCUGUUUUCUUCCUUCCCUGUCUUACUUUAUUUCUCUUUCAUCCGCGAUUUCCAGCUUUCUUUUAAUCUUUCUUUCGUUCUCUUUCUAUUCGCUUCUCUCUCUUUCUUUCUUUCUCUCUAUUCUUCUCUGUGUUCUUCUUAUUUCUCUAUUUCUCUUUUUCAUUCAUUUUUCUUUUUUUUCAUUUUUUUUUCCUUGUUUUUUCUUUCUUUCUUUUUUUUCUUUAUUUAUUUGUUUUUUCUCAUUUUCUUUUCUUUCUUUCUUUUAUUUAUUUCUUUCUGUAUUUCUUUCUUUUCUCUUUUUUCUUUCUUUCUUUUCCCUUUCUUUCUUUCUUCUUUAUUACCUUUUCUUUCUUUUUUUCUUUCUCUCUUUUUUCUUUUUUUUUCUUUCUUUCUUUUUUUCUCUUUUUUUUUCUUUUCUGUUUCAUUCUUUCUCUUUUUCUUUCACUCUUUAUUUCUUUCAUUCUUUCUCUUUUCUCUCUUUCUUUUUCUUUUGUUUCUUUCUUUCUUUCCUCUUUUCUUUUCUCGUUCUUUCUUUCUUUUUCUCGUUCUUUCUUUCUUUCUCUGUUUCAUUCUUUCUCUCUUUCUUUCUUUCUUUCUUUCUUUCUUUCUCUGUUUCAUUCUUUCUCUCUUUCUAUCUUUCUUUCUUUCUUUCUUUCUUUCACUCUUUCUUUUUCUCGUUCUUUCUUUCUUUUUCUCGUUCUUUCUUUCUUUCUCUGUUUCAUUCUUUCUCUCUUUCUUUCUUUCUUUCUUUUCUUUCUUUCUCUGUUUCUUCUUUCUUCUUUCUUUUUUUUUUUUUUCUUUCUUUCUCUGUUUCAUUCUUUCUCUCUUUCUAUCUUUCUUUCUUUCUUUCUUUCUUUCUUUCUUUCUUUCUUUUCUUUUUUCGUUCUUUCUUUCUUUUUCUCGUUCUUUCUUUCUUUCUCUGUUUCAUUCUUUCUCUCUUUCUUUCUUUCUUUCUUUCUUUCUCUGUUUCAUUCUUUCUCUCUUUCUUUCUUUCUUUCUUUCUCUGUUUCAUUCUUUCUCUCUUUCUAUCUUUCUUUCUUUCUUUCUUUCUUUCUUUCUUUCACUCUUUCUUUUUCUCGUUCUUUCUUUCUUUUUCUCGUUCUUUCUUUCUUUCUUUCUGUUUCUUUCUUUCUCUCUUUUUUCUUUCUUUUCUUUCUCUGUUUCUUCUUUUUCUCUUUCUUUCUUUCUUUCUUUCUUUCUCUGUUUCAUUCUUUCUCUCUUUCUUUCUUUCUUUCUCUGUUUCUUUCUGUUUCAUUCUUUCUCUCUUUCUUUCUUUCUUUCUUUCUCUGUUUCAUUCUUUCUCUCUUUCUAUCUUUCUUUCUUUCUUUCUUUCUUUCACUCUUUCUUUUUCUCGUUCUUUCUUUCUUUUUCUCGUUCUUUCUUUCUUUCUCUGUUUCAUUCUUUCUCUCUUUCUUUCUUUCUUUCUUUCUCUGUUUCAUUCUUUCUCUCUUUCUUUCUUUCUUUCUUUCUUUCUUUCUUUCACUUUCUUUUUUCUUCUUUCUUUUCUUUUCUCGUUCUUUCUUUCUUUCUCUGUUUCAUUUUCUUUCUUUCUUUCUUUCUCUUUCUUUCUUUCUUUCUCUGUUUCAUUCUUUCUCUCUUUCUUUUUCUUUCUUUCUUUUUCACUCUUUCUUUUUCUCGUUCUUUCUUUCUUUUUCUCGUUCUUUCUUUCUUUCUCUGUUUCAUUCUUACUCUCUUUCUUUCUUUCUUUCUUUCUUUCUUUCUUUCUUUCUUUGUUUCAUUCUUUCUCUCUUUCUAUCUUUCUUUCUUUCUUUCUUUCUUAUCUCCGUUUUUUUUAUCUUUCUCUUUCUCUCUUCUCUUUCUAUCCAAAAGCACCGAUUAG